AUGAGGACGGCCGUCCUGUUCGGCCGUUUCUGUCUCAAACGUGCUCUCCCGCGUCUUCCUCGACACCAUCUUGGUCGCCCGCAAUGGCCUCGGCAACUGACCAAGGGCACCCCGCGUCGGGGUCCCAUCAUAGGGGGCCUGUUUAUGACUGCUCUUGCUCCAGCUGCAUUCUUGAAAUUGGCCGAGGAUAAUGAUGGCCAAGGCAAGACCGCUGAGAUGCAGAUGCUAGAGGCCUCACGCGAAGAGGUUCAGAAGUCGGUUUCACCCAACGCUCAAGGUCUCUCCAAGCUUUGCCAGACCAUAUGGGUAUACUUUUACUACUACGUUUAUGAUCCUAUCGCAACAGGGUUCCGGUUCAUGCACCUCGCUAUCAUUUUCAUCCCGGUCGUCGCUACGGUGCCAGCUAUCUGGAUUGGACGGAAAGUCCAGGACCAUGACAGUGCGCGAACUGGUACCCUGUGGUGGUACCGCUUCUUAGUGAAAGCAAUGGAGCGGGCUGGGCCUGCAUUUAUCAAGCUCGGUCAAUGGGCCGCAUCGCGAACUGAUAUCUUCCCCCCUGAAAUGUGCACUAUAAUGUCGUCUCUACACUCAAAUGCGCCAGCCCAUUCACUUUGGCAAACGAAACGAAUCAUCCGCAGGGCAUUCGGCGGACUGCCAUUCGAGGAUAUCUUUGAAGAAUUCGACGAGGAACCUCUUGGGGUUGGUGCUAUCGCGCAGGUAUAUAAAGCCAAGCUGAAACCCAGCCUGGCUGCGUCUAGUGACCAAGAAAUGGGCAUAGAACCGGUAACGCUGAGCGAGAAAGUUCGGAAAAAUGUCGACGUGCUUGUCAAGAGUUCACCCCAGAGAGUACCAUCCUCAUAUGUGGCGAUCAAGGUGUUACAUCCUCGGGUUGAGCAGAUGAUUCACAGGGAUUUGAAGAUAAUGUGGUUCUUCGCCUCAAUGCUUAAUGCUAUUCCCACCAUGCACUGGCUUUCCUUCCCCGACGAGGUCCAACAAUUCGGAGAAAUGAUGAAGCUCCAACUAGAUCUCCGGAUCGAAGCUACCAACUUGGUCAUGUUUCGUCAGAAGUUCAAGUCUCGCACCACCGCCUGGUUCCCAUAUCCAUAUCUGGAGUACACUACUCGCGAGGUACUGGUCGAGGAAUUUGCCCAGGGCAUCCCGUUGGCCACCUUCUUGGAUAUUGGGGGAGGCGUGUAUCAGCACGAUAUUGCCAAUGAAGGCCUAGAUGCUUUCUUGCAUAUGCUCCUCAUUGACAAUUUUGUUCAUGCCGACCUUCAUCCAGGAAACAUUAUGGUGCGAUUUUACAAACCUAGCGAACUGGACCUUUCCCUUCGCAAACAUUCCCGUGCACUUGAUGCACCGACACGAGCUGAAGUCGAUGUGACGGAGGCAGUUCUCAAGCGCUUGCGCCCACACUCUCACAACCGCGAUGAUUGGAAUGCAGCUCUUUCCGAGCUGAAUGACGAGGGAUAUCGCCCGCAGCUUAUUUUCAUUGACACUGGUCUAGUCACCCAAUUGAAUGACCUCAAUCGACGGAAUUUCUUGGAUCUGUUCCGGGCUAUUGCUGAAUUUGACGGCUACCGGGCUGGUCAGCUCAUGGUUGAGCGAUGCCGGACACCAGAGGAGGUACUCGAUCCGGAGGUAUUUGCGCUGAAAAUGCAGCAUCUCGUUCUAAGCAUCAAGUCAAGAACCUUCGCUUUGGGAACUGUCAAAAUUGGUGACGUUCUCAGUGAAGUAUUGACCAUGGUUCGCGGUCACCAUGUACGCUUUGAAGGAGACUUUGUCAAUGUAGUUAUUUCUUGUCUUCUUCUGGAAGGCAUUGGACGCAGCCUCAACCCCGACCUGGAUCUGUUCAAGAGUGCGCUUCCCAUCCUACGACAGUUAGGAUCUGGCGGUACAUUCUUGCAGACUGUUCGCUCGGGUGAUACCUCCAUGCUUCGAGUCUGGGUCGGCUUAGAAGCUCGUGGGUUGCUGCAGGCCAGCAUUGAGAGUGUAGAGCACUGCGUCAAGUACGACCAACUCUCACCGAAUAUAUGA